UAACAAUUGAGCCGUUAACCGUUUGUGAUGACACAAUUUUCUUUUAUAUAUUAGAAAUUGUGGCACACACUUGUUAAGAACGUGAAUUACGUAAAACCAGAGGAUAAAAGAUUGUAAUGCGAUAUACAAUUUUCUUAAUAACAAAAAACGAAAGAAUAAGAACAAAGACAGAGAGAAAGAAGAACCGAACAAAAGGAAUGAGAAAUGGCGUAUCGGAGAAGACAAGGGAUCACAAGAGCUUCCACAUUCAACGACGAGAUCUAUCAUCAAACACCUGAUCACGAUUACGGUGAUCUCAAAGGUCACUCCAAUAACGGAUCCUCCUUCAGAUCAUCUCAAUCUUUCUCUUCUCAUUCCUCCCUUGCCGCUCAAGCAAUCCGCGCUUCCUCUUCUCUUAACCCUAAUGCCAAUCCCCAGGUGCGAGGAUUCACGGCUUACGAAGAUGCAACCAAGAACGAGAGUCGUGGCUUCUGGGGAAUCCUAGCUCAAAAAGCCAAAUCAAUCCUCGAAGACGAAGAGGAAGAGCAGCAGGGACGACAAAACGUCGUCGUCUCGGAGCCGCCCUCGAGUAAUAAUAAUAAUAAUAAUAAUAAUAACAAUCCAACCAUACGCAAAAGCAUAGACAAGAUCACGACGUCUCUGAAUCAGAUCGGGGACAGCUUCGAGAAAGCGUUCGAGGAAGGUCGUACGAUGGUAGCUUCUCAAAUCAGGCGUAAAGGAUCAGACCUAAUGGAUAUACCAGAGAAUAAUCACAACAAUCAAUCCUCCGGUUCGAACAGUCCAUGGCAACCGUUAACGCAACCUAACCCACACGAGUCUCAGCUCAAAGCCUCUCGUGACGUGGCCAUGGCUACAGCAGCCAAAGCCAAGCUCCUCUUACGCGAACUCAAAACGGUUAAAGCCGACCUAGCUUUCGCUAAACAGCGGUGCUCGCAGCUGGAAGAGGAGAACAAACGGUUAAGAGAUAACCGGGAGAAGGGAACCAACAAUCCAGCUGACGAUGACCUAAUCAGGCUCCAGCUCGAGACGUUGCUUGCUGAGAAAGCGAGAUUAGCGCAUGAGAACUCGAUCUACGCGAGAGAGAACAGGUUCUUGAGAGAGAUCGUUGAGUACCAUCAGCUAACGAUGCAGGAUCUUGUUUAUAUCGAUGAAGGUAUCGAAGAAGUGGCUGAGGUGAAUCCUUCGCUCACUAGAACGCUCUCGAUGGCUUCGUUCGCUGCUUCUGAGUUGCCUGUGAACUCUUCUCCUUCUCCUUCUUCGUCUCCGGAUUCGUCUUCUCGGCUUUCGGUUUCUACGGAUGUUUAUUAUCCGGUGUUGGUUCAGCAGAGUUCGGCUAGUGAUGUUGGUGGUGAUGAGAGUCCUAGACCGGUUCGACCCCCUUCUUUGGGAUACAAGGAUGAUGUGAUCAAGAGACCAUCGUCACAGAUGUCUGUUUAGAAACCCAAGAGUUGGUUUACUUAUUACCAUUUUGAUUCGUGUCUG